CCAAAUUCCAAAUUAGGGGAUGGAUUCCCCUGCCUCAUCCCUGGGGUGAGUUAUUGGCCACAAAGGCAUGGAGGAUGGAUGACCUUAGCAAUAAGCACUCCCUGAACCCUAGCUAUAAAAUCCUUCUCGCUACUCACAAACUUCCCUCCACUGCACCUUCCUCAGUCCUAAUGAAAAUCGAUCCUCAAUAGGUUCCUCAUCAGUUGUUAACGCGCGACAUUAGUUAAACUUCAACGAUGCUGGAAGGCAAGGCAGUGGUUGGCGAGACUGACAUGCUACAGAAAAUGCAACAGGACGCUCUCCAUCUCGCCGCCAAGGCCCUGGAUUCCUUCGACGUCACCGAGCCCACUGAAAUCGCCCGUUUCAUCAAGAAGGAAUUCGACAGAGUAUAUGGACCAGGGUGGCAGUGCAUAGUCGGAACCGAUUUCGGGUCUUUCGUGACGCAUUGCUUCGGGUGUUUCAUCCAUUUCCAGAUCGGCAGCCUCGCCAUUCUGCUCUUCAGGGGAUCCGCCGGCCCUGAAAACCCCGCCGCCGAUAAAGACCAUGACUUUGCAGUCAAGUCCUGAUUAUAUAUACCCUUCUUCAGUUCUGAUUUCCCCUGUGACGAUCCAUUAAUGGGAUAGUACUGAAUCCGGCCAGGAAUGUGCAUUUGUCUUCGUACGAAAUGGAGAUCGGGAACCUUGUAGUAACGUUGUCGGCGGAUGCAAUUCAAACAGAAAAAGCACUGGAAAAGAAUUCAUGGCUAUCAAGAAAUCAAACACAGAAGCAUUUAUCAUAUGCACCAGAGGAUUCAUGAACUUGGUCUAGCUUCAUGAGCCACACACGUUAGCUAAGUUGUCAUAUCGGCUUGUAUCGUUAAGUCAGUUUGGUAAU